AUUCGUAGCAGGACUGGUGUGGUCCACAUCCAACGUUAUCGUGCACUUUUUGGCUCGUUCAGUUGAGAAUCUGCGUCAAAGUGCUCAAGUCGCUUUCAACGAACACCAAACAUGACACUAAUCCACAACCGCUACCGCCCCGUGCGGCAGCUCGCACAGACAACCUACGGCAGCAUUUGCCUCUGCACCGACGAGUUUCUACCUCCGCGUCGCGUCGUGCUCAAGAGUGUAUCACUCGUUCACGCCAUCAACAUGUUGGACCUGCGCAGUCCUGAGCUGCAGCAGCCUGACGACCCGCGACAAGAAAAAGCCUUUGCGAAUCUACAGCGCAGUAAUGCAGCCCCACACCCGAAUAUUGUGCAGUACCUGGACGACUUUAUCGAAGGCCAGACACUCUAUUUCGUGCUGGAAUACUGUGCCGGCGGAGACCUCGUCUCCUCUGUCAACUGUGGCCAGAACCAACGACUUGUCUGUGCUGAUGCACUGGCAGUCAUCAAGCAGAUAGCCGCGGGUGUCGCUUAUCUGCAUAGUCACAGUGUCGCACACAGAGACUUGAGUCUCGAGAACGUGAUGCUCAGUCGCGGAGUAUGCAAAGUUGGAGACUUUGGGCUAUCCACAAGGACAGAUCAGCCGUCUUUUGGCCGCGUGGGCAAGGCUUAUUAUAUGGCGCCCGAGGUGGUGGCGGCCAGAGCCGUUUAUGACUCCAAAGCGGCCGAUAUCUGGUCGCUUGGUAUUAUUCUGUUCGUCCUAGUGACGGGUUCCCCGCUGGUCUCGCUGGCGAAGGAAGAGGACGCAGCCUUCAGAGCGUUCCAGAAAGUCGGUGUGCGCGAGGUGCUGGAGGCGUGGCAUAUGGAGGAUUUACUGGAGGAGAGCGCCAUACAACUCUUAAAUGGUAUGCUGCAGUGCAAUCCGACAAAAAGACUGACUAUCGAGCAGGUGCUGGAUCACGAGGCAUUCGAGCAAAGAACUGCAGUAUAAAUCGACUUUGUUGUUUAACUAUGAAUCAAUGAGUUAAUAUGUAAACUUGGCCAACGAGAACAUUCUACUGCGAGUAUUCAACGCAAAGGAAAUCAUGGCGACUAGAUGUGCUCCAUAGUCAUGCAUACAAGGCGCAUGUAAGAUCUUUAAAGGUCAUGCGAAGGCAUUGGCGUUCGCAACGGUUCUUGCGUCCAAGAUGUAAGGAAAAAAGUCCUCGCUCAAUUUGUUUUGAGUAUACCGGAGGCAACCGUAAUUAUUUGUUCCACUAUUCUCGCGUGGUGUUUUAUCGUACAACUUUCUGUUGUUAAUUCGAAGUAUUCAAUUCGAGGAAUUUGUUGUCGGUCAGCAAUCAAGAAAUUGAAUGACAAUCAAAAGCACUGUUUUUGUCCGUUGA